CUGCAAUGACCCUCCGUACUGUGUUAUUAUCGUUACAAGCCCUUUUAUCGGCAGCAGAGCCAGAUGAUCCUCAGGAUGCAGUCGUAGCCAAACAAUACAAAGAAAAUAAUGAAAUGUUUACGCUGACGGCUAAACAUUGGACAAACAUUUAUGCAGGAGGUCCUCAUGUGUUCUCCGACUGCAACACCAAAAUCCAACGUCUCAUCGACAUGGGCAUCGAGGAGCACCAGGCCCGAGUGGCACUAUCCUCUUACAACUGGGAACUGGAGAGGGCGACGGAGCAGCUGUUUAGUUAGUUAGUCGAUAACAAAAUUCAUUUAAAUAAUUAAUUAAUUAAAAAAAUUCAGAAUUUAAACUACAAACAAAUUAUUAUUAUUAAUUUAUUAUCCGAUUCACGAUUCGAUUUUCUUUCAACGUUCAACAAAAACAUGCACAUG